AUGGAAGCUGAUAAUGGAGAGAGCAAUAUUGGUGCAGGUUCUAGUAGUGGUAGUGGCGCUCCGCCGGCGAGCUCGCGGUGGAACCCUACGAAGGAGCAGAUAAAUAUUCUUGAAGGCUUGUAUAGGCAAGGAAUAAGGACACCCAGUGCCGAGCAAAUAAAGCAGAUAACGAGCAGGCUAAGGACAUUCGGUCAUAUUGAGGGUAAGAAUGUGUUCUAUUGGUUUCAAAAUCACAAAGCUCGCCAAAGGCAGAAGCAGAAGCAAGAAAACAUGGCUUAUAUCAAUCGCUUCCUCCAUAGGACCCCUCAGCCAUUCUUUCCACCUUCUCAUCAACUACCUUACCCAAAUGUGGUUUGUGGCCCAUAUUACGUUCCAGUUGAGUCGCAGACUGAUCACCAUCAUACAGCAACGGCGUUCCGUCAACAAUACCAUCCAAAUAAGAUGUCUCUAUCUAACGGCGUAAAGCGUAGAUCACCAAUUAGGCUGGACAAAUCGGAAAAUAUAAGUACCGGAACAAUCUCCUGCGCUGUUGGCACAGGAUAUGAACCUGUUCGAGAAGACUAUUACGGCUAUAAGAGUACUAUCAGCAGCUCUUGCUUCGACGAGGGCGUCAGAAAUAACAAGCUCAUUAUGAGCACCUCAUCAUGUAACCAAGAAACUCUCGCGCUGUUUCCUCUGAGCCCAACCGGAGUUUUAAAAGCUGGCUCAGAAGAGGAGAAUCCUGAUCAUGGUAGUUCAGGCUUUUUUGAUACUGAGAUUAAUCCCUCGACAAGUAAUGGAUCAACUCCAGCUUCUAGUUCUUCUGGGGUUGAAGAAGGACGUUGUUCAUCGGCUGGUCUUGGCCAAACUUUCUAUGACUUUUUCUCUCGAUGA